GUGAGUAACGACGACUCUCUCACGUGGCAUUGUGACGAUCUAUACGGGAUUCAGAGGCAAACCGCACACCUUGGUGACAGCAUUGAUUUUUAUUCCACAGUCCAUUUUUAUCAUUUUACUGAUAGUGUUUCUCCACCUAGCUGUCGGCUAUUUACCAUGUCGGAUUCGUAUAACGAUGUUGGAAUUUCGUUCCGCUGACCGAACACAGACUGAUCACAGCAUGAAAGAACUUUGGAUGUACUUCAUUUGUGUUGUUUUCGUUUUGAAUCUGUUUCCGUCAGAAAUUGAUUGCACGUGCACCCUACCUUCCAGCCAAUGGGACGGUACAUGGUAUGACAGUUUGUCCAGCAGUAUAACUAUAACAUACGCAACGCAGAAGGUGGUUGGUUGGCCAAUGCAAGCGUACAGUUCGCCCGUGUCGUCAUGGAUAUGCGUAAUGGACGACACGACAAACAACUACCUCGUUUUCAGAGGUGAGCAGAACGUGGACCUGUUCGGAGCUCCUCAGAAUUCUUACUUAUGUGUCAAGUGGCACAAAGUGACAGACUACUCCUACUAUUACUAUUUCAUGUACAAGGAGGAAAUGAAUGCCGCAUACGUGAGAGUAUUUAUAGAGGAUGCCAGUAUCGCCCUAUCGUCCGACAUCUCCAAAUACUGUACUUCCGGUCCGGGGACGGAAGAGUACCACAUGAUGGUUAAAUCAGGUCAUGAGGCGGCCUCUAGACAGUUCGUUCCCUUAGAUCUGAUGGGGACAUUCAACUACACAUACACCAGCAGCAGUGGCGCCACCUCGUGUUCAUCUGACAGCCAAUGGGAUGUGUGCACCAAUCGUACCACUAUGUCUUUUGACUACACAAAAUGUGGCACAAUUGUGGCAUUCACACAGGAAGGAAUUCUGAACUGUGUCAACUACAUAACAGACAGUGCAGUCUCCUACGUGUCUGCCCUCAACACAGGCAGUAUCGACAAUACCAACUACUUCCGGUUUACCUGCUUUGCUGUUCAAAUGUCAGGUUCUACAACAGAAGUUAGUAUGACCGAUGGAAGUUGUGCUAAAGGACAAUCACCUACAGUAGCUCCUAGUGGCGGUGGAAAAGCAACUCUUACACCAGAUGUCCUUUGUCGCCCUUGUGAUCCUGAUCCCUGUCAAAAUGGAGGCACGUGCACUUAUGCAGGCGUGGUGUACACGUGUACUUGUCCGACAGGUUACGGAGGGACGAACUGUGACCAGAUUGAUCCGUGUACUUUGUCAUCUCCGUGCCAAAACGGUGCCACGUGUAACAAUCCGUCAUCAAACGUGUACACAUGCACGUGCCCGACCGGUUAUAGCGGAACCGACUGUGAAAACACUUUACCAUGUGACCUUGGGACACCCUGUCAGAACAGUGGGACCUGCCAGCCAGUAGGGUUUAAUUACACGUGUGGAUGUGCGACCGGAUACAGCGGAACAAAUUGUGAACUGUCAGACCCGUGUAUUCUAACGUCACCAUGUCAGAACGGCGCCACGUGCAUCAACCCUUCGUCCGGAACCUACACGUGCACAUGCGUAAAUGGAUAUAGCGGAACCAACUGUGACAACAAAUUACCGUGUAUAAUCGAUCUCCCGUGUCAAAAUGGCGGAACAUGUCAGCCGUCUGGAUUUACCUACACAUGCGCAUGCGUAUCAGGAUACAGUGACACCAAUUGUACUUAUAAAGAUUCCUGCAUCGUCGACGCUCCUUGUCAGAAUGGAGCGACAUGCGCAAACCCAUCUUCUGGUACAUACACGUGUUCAUGUGCUUCUGGAUACAGUGGUGGAGACUGCGAAAGUGAAAUACCGUGUGCACUGUCAAAUCCUUGUCAAAAUGGAGGAACAUGCCAACCUUCUGGUCUAACAUAUACCUGCGCAUGCGCAAGCGGAUACAGCGAUACAAAUUGUACUUGGGAGGAUCCGUGUACUUUGAUCUCGCCGUGCCAAAAUGGUGCCACUUGCAACAAUCCGUCAUCUAACAUGUACACAUGCACGUGCCCCACUGGUUAUAGCGGAACCGACUGUGAAAACACUUUACCAUGUGACCUUGGGACACCCUGUCAGAACGGUGGGACCUGUCAGCCAGUAGGGUUUAAUUACACGUGUGGAUGUGCGACCGGAUACAGCGGGACAAAUUGUGAAUUGUCAGACCCGUGUAUUCUAACCUCACCAUGUCAGAACGGCGCCACGUGCAUCAACCCUUCGUCUGGAACUUACACGUGCACAUGCGUAAAUGGCUAUAGUGGAACAGACUGUGACAACAAACUACCUUGUAUAAUCGAUCUUCCUUGUCAAAAUGGUGGUACAUGCCAGCCUUCAGGAUUCACUUACACAUGCGCAUGCGCAUCAGGAUAUAGUGAUACCAACUGUACUUAUAAAGAUUCCUGUAUCGUCGACGCUCCUUGUCAGAACGGAGCGACAUGCGCAAACCCAUCUUCCGGUACAUACACGUGUUCAUGUGCUUCAGGCUACAGUGGAGGAGACUGCGAAAGUGAACUACCGUGUGCACUAUCAAAUCCUUGUCAAAAUGGAGGAACAUGCCAACCUGCCGGUCUGACAUAUACCUGCGCAUGCGCAAGCGGAUACAGCGAUACAAAUUGCACUUGGUCAGAUCCAUGCACAUUGACGACACCUUGUGCAAACAGCGGUACAUGCACUAACACAGCCAGUGGUGUUUAUUCUUGCAGCUGUGGUUCUGGCUACUAUGGAAACGACUGCCAAAAUACAGAUCCUUGUAUACUGUCAAGUCCGUGUAUGAACGGCGCUACCUGUUCUAACCCAUCAUCCGGAAGUUAUUCUUGCACAUGCUCUAACGGAUACAGUGGAAGGACAUGCGAUACUGAAAUACCGUGUGUUCUGACGAAUCCAUGUGAGAAUGGUGGUAGUUGUCAGACAAGCGGCUCGUCGUACCAAUGCACAUGCACUACCGGAUAUAGCGGUGACAACUGUACCUAUUCCAAUCCAUGUCAGAUCAGUUCUCCAUGUCGAAAUGGCGCCUCGUGCAGUAAUCCAUCAUCCGGGUCUUAUAGCUGUUCGUGUGUGAUCGGCUAUUAUGGGACGAACUGUGAAAAUAAACGAGCGUGCAUAUUUCCGCUAAGCUGGGACAGUAAAUGGUGGGACAGUCAGCAUGAUAAUGACGUUAUGUUCACGUUCUCCAGUUCCCAGAUAUCUGGUUGGUCAGUGGUUGUGGAUUCAUCAACUAUCACGUCAUGGACAUGCGUCGUGGAGGACACCGCGCAAGAUUUAUUUGUUUUGAAGAGUGACAUCAACGUGACGUUGACCGGCACCACCUAUAGUGCCUUCCUGUGUAUGAAGUGGACCAAAGUAACUGAUUACUCCUACUACUACUAUCUCCAUGCAGAUACUAAUUCCAAUGCAAAUAGUUUCCGAGUGAAGCUGGAAGAUGCGGCCACUACACAAGGUGACGUCACUACGUACUGCUCAACAUCCUCCUCUCCCAACACCGAAGAGUUCCAUAUGCUAGUGAAGCAAGGAUAUGAGACCAGUUCGAAACUGACUUGUGCUUCGCCAUUUCUUGGCACAUUUACCUACCAGUACACUGAUGGCAGUAGCACUUCAUGCGGAACCGGAAGUGAGUGGGACGUCUGCUCAGACAACUCUAUGAUGACAUUUAACUACAGCAAGUGCUCCACUAAAGUGGCGUUUACACAGGAAGGCCAGCUUUAUUGCAUAAACACACUCACUUCCGGUGACUUGUACUACCAGUCCGCAAUCAACCUUGGGACCGUAGACAAUACAAAUUACUUCCGGUUCUCGUGUUUCGCAGUGAAGUCACAGGGGUCAGAUGUCCAGACUAGUGUCCAGCAUGGAAGUUGUGAACGGAGCCAGGUCGCAACCUCUGUUUCUGCUGGAGGAGCUAUUGCCACCCUUUCAGCUGAAGUCACGUGCCCUCAAUCAAGCGGAAGUUCGACUUCCGGAGGUGAAACUAGUGUCGCCCUUGGCACAGUAGUUGGGGCCGCAAUUGGUGCCAUGUUCCUUCUCGCCCUGCUGGCGACAGUUGUCGUCCUUUUUAAGAAGUUCCAGGACCGGAAAAGGAAUAAACAAGUGGAUACUACAGAUAACCUUGCGCAGAAAUUACCAACACCGAAAGCUCAAACAGCGACGCACAACAUAUUUUUUGGCAAGAUACCUAAGAAGACAGCAUUACCUCCCUUGUCAGGUAACGUCUCGUCCCUGCCUGCCUUACCAGGGAAUCUUCCGCCACUCACGCCAGCACUCCCCUCCUCAACAAUGACGCCAGAGAUAAUACACGUGACGUCACAAAAUCCGUCGCCACCGACUCUGCUUUCUCCACUGACGUCACCAUCAUCACCUGACGUCACCCGUUCUCCCCUGGGCACUGAUCUCACCUGCACUGACAUAGCAUUUUCUGAUACUAAUUAAGAUAUAGUGAAAGAUGCUGAACUACUUAUGCUGAGCUUACCAAAUGCUCAAGACCUGAGGUCGAAACCAGCAUUACAUUACUUUCGGCAGCAACAAUACAGUUGUUUGGACAACAAUAGCAAUAC